UGGAAAUUAGCCCGAGCAAGUAAAGGUCUGGAUCAAAGGCUGGUCACUUUCUAAAGUCAACUCCCUCCCUCCCUUUGACUCUUGGUCAAGAGCUGUGCUGAGCUGGCCACGGCCUGGCUCAGGGACACUCGUACCAGCACAGGGAAAAGCAUCGGGACCCCUCCCGCCUCUCGUAAUAAUGCCAACCAUGGAUGACAUUCUAGAGCACAUAGGGGAAUUUGACUUCUUCCAGAAACAGACGUUUUUCCUCUUAGCUCUACUCUCUGCAGCAUUCACCCCCAUCUACGUGGGCAUCGUCUUCCUGGGCUUCACCCCGGAUCACCGCUGCCUGAGCCCCGGGGUGGCCGAGCUGAGCCGGCGAUGCGGCUGGAGCCUGGCGGACGAGCUGAACUACACGGUGCCCGGCCCGGGGGCCAUGGGCGAGGCCUUCCCCCGCCAGUGCCGCGGCUACGAGGUGGACUGGAACCGGAGCGCCCUCAGCUGCGUGGACCCGCUGGCAGGCCUGGCCACCAACAGGAGCCACCUGCCGCUGGGGCCCUGUCGCCACGGCUGGGUGUACGACACACGGGGCUCGUCCAUCGUGACCGAGUUUAACCUAGUGUGUGCUGAUUCCUGGAUGCUGGACCUGUUUCAGUCGGCUGUGAAUGUAGGAUUUUUUAUCGGUGCUGUGAGUAUCGGCUACCUAGCAGACAGGUUUGGCCGUAAGCUCUGCCUCUUGGUGACGAUCCUCAUAAAUGCUGCAUCUGGAGUUCUCAUGGCUGUUUCCCCAAACUAUACAUGGGUCUUAAUUUUCCGCUUGAUCCAGGGGCUGGUCAGCAAGGCAGGCUGGUUAAUAGGCUACAUCCUGAUUACAGAAUUUGUCGGGCUAAGCUAUCGGAGAACGGUGGGCAUUGUUUACCAAGUGGCCUUCACCGCGGGGCUCCUGGCGUUGGCUGGGCUGGCCUAUGUGCUUCCUCACUGGAGGUGGCUACAGCUCACUGUUACUCUGCCCAACGUCUGCUUCUUGCUCUAUUACUGGUGCAUACCUGAGUCUCCGAGGUGGCUGAUCUCCCAGAACAAAAGUGCUAAAGCCAUGAGAGUCAUUAAGUACAUCGCAAAGAAAAAUGGAAAAUCUCUGCCGGCCUCCCUUCAGAGCCUCAGACCUGAAGAGGAAGUUGACGAGAAGCUGAAUCCUUCAUUUCUUGACUUGGUCAGAACCCCUCAGAUAAGGAAACACACUUUGAUCUUGAUGUACAAUUGGUUCACAAGCUCUGUUCUCUACCAAGGCCUCAUCAUGCACAUGGGCCUUGCGGGGAGCAAUAUCUACUUGGAUUUCUUCUACUCUGCCCUGGUGGAAUUCCCAGCCGCCCUCAUCAUCAUCCUCACCAUUGACCGUAUAGGUCGUCGGUUUCCGUGGGCUGCAUCAAAUUUGGUGGCAGGAGCAGCCUGCCUCAUCUCGGUUUUCAUCCCUGAGGAUCUCCAGUGGCUAAGAGUCACAGCCGCGUGCUUGGGUAGAAUGGGGAUUACAAUGGCCUAUGAAAUGGUUUGCCUGGUCAAUGCGGAGCUGUACCCCACAUUCAUCAGGAAUCUUGGUGUCCUCGUCUGCUCCUCCCUGUGUGACAUCGGGGGUAUCAUCACGCCAUUCCUGGUCUACCGGCUCACCGACGUCUGGCAUGAGCUUCCGCUGGUGGUUUUUGCGGUGGUUGGCUUGGUUGCUGGGGGACUGGUGUUGCUGCUCCCAGAGACCAAAGGGAAGGCUUUGCCUGAGACUAUUGACGAAGCUGAAAACAUGCAGAGGUAG